AUGGCCAGCGAAGCUCUACUAGCGGCCGAGUUGCGCCCGACUACGUCAUGUGGUCUCCCAGCGAAACGCGAAACGCGAACCGAGGCAGUUGGUUCUCUGGCUCUGGAAGCAGCAGUUUUGUUUGGUGUCAUGGCAUGUGCUGGUGGUGGUGAUAUAGUCGAAGGGCUUGCUGUAAGACUAGGUUUUGUUGAACUUGCGCCCGGUGUUACGGAAUCAUGUGAAGAAGUUGUGGACAAGCUUGGUGAAGUCGAAUUGAGGUUGCUGAUGAACACGAAGGACACACUAGAGCUCCAGCCAGAAGAAGAAGAAAGUAAAGACCUAACACUUGACGAUGACACCAUGCGUUUAUUCGAAGUAGAAAUAGGGCUGCUUAGCGAAGUGGACGAUGUGCUCGUUUGGGAGAAUGAGAUCUUCGUGCUUGUCGAGCUCUAUGAAGGUGAAGCUGUGGAACGAGACUUGCGCUUAGAGGUCGAAGUCUUUCCUGGAGAAAACCUGCCAUUACACUUGCCGAAACCCUUCUGUCACUUAUUUCCGCAGUACGAAUACUCACCAAAGCAGUCCCGAAUUCAUGACAACAACACGAUUUUGGGUUAUAGGCUCGGCAUGGUCGCAUUUACCGAAAUCGCAGACAACCUUUUUAGCAGUAGUCCUUCGUAA